AUGGUGAACGUUGCAGUCAUUGGUGCUGCUGGUGGCAUUGGCCAAUCCCUUUCCCUGUUGCUUCUUCGGGAGCUGCCUUUCGGAAGUACACUGUCACUGUAUGAUGUGGUUGGUGCACCUGGCGUUGCUGCUGACCUUUCUCAUGUCGACUGUGCUGGUGUCACAGUGAAGCACGCUGCUGGGAAGUUGCCUCCUGUUCCCCGUGACCCCGCUCUGACUAAACUGGCCCAAGGCGUUGAUGUUUUCGUCAUUGUGGCUGGUGUGCCGCGCAAGCCUGGUAUGACACGCGAUGAUUUGUUCAGGGUGAACGCUGGUAUUGUUAUGGACCUUGUCUUGACAUGCGGUGCGGCAUCUCCCAGUGCCUGUUUCUGCAUUGUCACUAACCCUGUGAACAGUACCGUACCCAUUGCGGCCCAAGCACUGAAGAAGCUUGGCGUGUACAACAAGAAUAAGCUGUUUGGUGUGAGCCUUCUCGAUGGGCUGCGGGCCACACGUUUUAUCAACAACGCCCGCUACCCUCUGUCCGUUCCGUUUGUGCCGGUUGUUGGUGGGCACAGUGAUACCAGCAUUGUGCCGCUGUAUUCGCAGAUUGCAGGUCCUCUUCCCGCUGAGUCGACGCUGAUGGCUAUUCGCAAGCGUGUGCAGGUGGCGGGAACGGAGGUGGUUAAAGCAAAGGCGGGUCGCGGCAGUGCGACGCUUUCUAUGGCUGAGGCAGGCGCCCGCUUUGCCAUGUAUGUUGUAAAGGGAAUUAUGGGUCUGGAUUCACCUUUGGUAUACGCGUUUGUCGAUACGGACGGCAAACACGAUUGCCCCUUCCUCGCGCUGCCGGUAAUUAUCGGAAAGAAUGGCAUUGAGAAGCGUCUUCCUAUUGGCCCCAUCACGGCCGUCGAACAGAAGAUGCUUGAGGAAGCUGUCGCUGUCGUGAAGGGCAAUAUUGCGACGGGUGAGACAUUCGCACGGUCGAAGCUGUAA